UCAGGGUUAGAGACGGAACCCUUGAGCUGAGUGGGGCCCCUCGACUGCUGGCGGUGUGAGGGCCAAUUCGUAGUCCAGGUUGAUGCUAGUUUGAGAGUCCGAGCAGGCGGUUGCAGUCCGCUCUUACCUUUAUCGCCCUUCCCCGGGCAUCCGCUCCGUCCUGUUGUUACUGUUUCUCUGCCUGCCUUCCUCAAGAUGGAGAUGUCCACCUCAGCUCCUGCCCAUGUGCUGGGCUCUGGCCGCCGCUCCGGGCUCCCUGUGGUUAAGGCUCUGUUCUCCUGUGAGGCUGAUACCGCCAUGUCCCCCGUCAGUAACCUGGCCCUCAACAUGGAUCAGCUGGCAUGCCUGGGCAGUAAAUGUGAGACCCCUAAACGGAAGUUGUCUGACCGGUGGUGUAUGCCGAGGAACGACUCGUCUGACUCCGUGGAUGCAGGUCUCUUUUUGGAAUCGCCCCGUGCUCUGGAUUUCAAAGACAUUGAUGAAACGUUUGAAAAAGCAGUUCUUGAUGCUGGAAGAUCUAUAAACUCGAGGUUACCGGUUGGCAGAAGGCGCUCCCUGCCGCAAACAUUCCUGGGUUCCAGCCCAGCAUUCAAAAGGAACCUUUCAGACUCUCUAGGCUGCGAAGUCUUGCAUUUAAACGACUCUGAAAACAAGGAGAAUGAAUCCUUCCAGUUUAAAAUGCCAGCGAGACCGGCUCGUGGCAGCCUACGUUCUCUGUUUCACGGUGACGGGAAGGAGAGCCUCGUGCAAAGGCAGAAAUCCGCCCCUGGCUGUAUGUUUGCAUCACCUUCAGGAGACGCUGAAGUCUCGUCGGGUUCUUUCUUGAGGAGAAAGUCGUCUUGCGCUUCCACUGCAACUGACGGCAGCGAUGACGGCUUCCUGGAAAUGCUGGACGGGGAGGAAGAGGAGAAUGAUACGGAGUUUCCCUGCGCUAUGGCGAGUCUCUGGACUGCGCCUCUGGUCAUGAAAAGCACCGAAAAUCUGUCUCCUUCCGUACAUCACCCUUACCGGGUGGCUCACAAGCGCAUGGAGAGGACGCAAGGUGAAGAGGCGCCUGAGAAAAGCAAGCGGCGGAGGAGCAUGCUCGACGUACCCUGCGCGGAGGAGUCCGGCCGCGAUAUGAGUCCGGAGCUGAUGCGGUCAAAAUCCAUUUCAAAGGAGACGAUGGAAGAUAUAUUUGAUAGCGAUCAGAGGGAUCUUAUAGGAGACUUCUCAAAGCCCUUUCUCUUUCCUACUGUAAGCGGAAAGCACCAGGAGUUGAAGUAUAUCACCCCGGAGAUGAUGGUUAUGAUCUUAAACGGCAAGUUUGAGGCUUUCAUUGAACGUUAUGUGAUCGUUGACUGCCGGUAUCCAUACGAGUACGACGGCGGACAUAUAAAGGGAGCCGUUAACCUGCACAUGGAGCAAGAGGUCGAAGAUUACUUGUUAAAGAAUCCAAUCAAGCCGACGGGUUCCAAACGCGUCGUUCUCAUCUUUCACUGCGAAUUCUCGUCUGAGCGAGGGCCCAGGAUGUACAAGUUUUUGCGGGAGAAAGAUAGAGGCUUGAAUGAAUACCCAAAUCUGCAUUACCCGGAGCUCUACAUCCUACAAGGUGGAUACAAGGAAUUCUUCCACAAAUCCAAGACCUUCUGUGAGCCGCAGAGCUACCGGCCGAUGCACCACGAGGACUACAGGGAAGACUUAAAGAAGUUUCGUCUGAAGAGCCGGACCUGGGCUGGGGAGAAGAGCAAACGUGAAAUGUAUAGCAGACUAAAAAAGAUCUGAGGUGUGGGCCCCCCCCCGGUGCCGGCGUCUGACGGGCGCCGACUAAUCUUUGCCGUCU